AUGAAGUUACAGCCAAUUGAGGGCUGGCUCCUUGAACGAUAUGCGAAGCAAACUUGCGAUGACCCAUGGUCUAUUAAGCGAUAUUCAGCAUGCCGCCUACUCAAGGAAAGCGGCGUACCAUGCUACCUCUGGGCCGAAGAUGCUUUAGCAUACUAUGGAGUACCCACGGCUGUCUUUGACGUACACAUCGUCGUGGGUGAUGUCAAGAAAGCCGCAGACGCACUCGUUGAAAGAGGCUGGCACCCUCCGCCUCCUGACUUUGAAGCGCCGUACAUCGACGUUGAGGAGGCCACUUGCUAUCUUGUUGAACCGCAAUGCAAGAGCGCGGGCCCCUCAGAUUCUGUGAUCGCUCUUACCGCUGCCUCUGAUUGGGAUAUCAAGCUUCCGGACAUUGCUACACAGACAAGCCGCCAUCACCAGAGAACCGCCAGAUGGCCCUUUAUUCCAGCGUUACAUCAACUUCUGGAUUCCCUUAUCAGAAGAUGGCUGGAUACACCUGAUGCGCACUGUUUUUUUCGCAGCCACAUACGCUGCUUUUUGGGCUAUCUUUACGAAUACGUUCCGAUUUUAAAACUCAGAGAAUUUGCUGGUUACUUGAAGGUGGAGCACCGGCAAUACCAUUUGGAUGUGGUUGCGGGAGUCAGCUAUACUAGGGAGCCUUUUAGAAUCCAUUCACAGAAGGUCCGAGAUUCCAUACUCAGAGGGGAGUAUGAAUUUCGCGAGUGCUCCGUUUCGAGGGAUGACGACCAAUUUUUCACAGCUGGUGUCGAGGCACACUUGCUGGCUAUGCUCCCACCCGCAAAUCAUAAAUGA